CUGGUCCAGUUUAUGCUUUAGACCACCCAAGGACAAGCCAGUCAGGAUUAAAUAUGUGUCAUUUGCAUACUGACAGACUAUCCCACGACCAUUUUAGGAUUUCUAUUCUAAUUAUUUUCGACCAAUGGGAUUUGUCUUUCUGCAUAAGACACUAUGCUCCCUGUCAGUUAAAUAUGAUCUUAAAAGAGUCAAGUAAAUUGCCCUAAGACCAUAUUGUUCUAAUUCGGACAAGUGUCAAAUGCUUUUGACAAAUCAAAAUACAGCGCAGAUACUUUCUCUCCUUUGCCCACCAAUAUAAUCAAUGGUAUAUACCGGGUGGCGCAUCGAAAACGAAGCCCGGGCAGUCCAUUAACUUUUGCAUUUGUAUAUUAUAACAAUUAAUUUACCGCAAAAAAAAAUUAAUAUUUAUUGAUAAGCAAAAAAAUAAAUAUUAUAUUGAUGAAUAAAAACUUGUUUUUAGUGAAAUUUUCACAGUAAGUACAAAUAUUAUAUAAAAUAUAACCACGUCCCGAUAUCUCCAUAUAGACGUUCCACUGUGCGACGUUAUCUUCUUUUCACUUCGAGAAAACUUACCAGAUCAUAUUCUAUAGUUUUUUUUACAAACUUGACUAAAAUCUAAGAGGUCGGUUGGGUUAGGUAAAUUUCUCAAAUAGUUUAAAAAUUUCUAGAAUUUUCAAAGGGUCUUCUCUUUACUUCCUACUUCUGAAUCCCCUUUCUACACACACAUGAUAUAUUGUUCUUAAUACCUUAUAAGCUGGAGCAUCAGACUGUGUAUCCUGGUUAUUCAUUAGUGAUUCUGGCCUCUGUCUAUGACCUAUUUGGCCCCAAGUCCGUCAGGUGUCAGCAGUAACAAUUUUUUACCUGACCAUUACACGAGCGUAAAACCAGAAAUAAGUUACUGCAGCUGUAAAUGUGUGAGGAAACGCGAUCUUAAAAUAACUUGACCUGACAUAAUUCGGUAGAUUUUCGAAUUACGACUAUUCUUAUUUGUGUGUUGAACGGAAUGGUCUGUGCGUUCAUGCGGUCUGAUUGCCAAGAGAAGUUCUCCAAAAAACGGCACGAAGGAAGAGGACCUAUGACUUUUCCAAACUUUUUUGACGUCAUCUUGAGUACAUAAAAAAACAAUUCCUAUAACUACCCUUAAUAAAAUCACAAACUAAACCGGCGAUGCGAAAAUUACCAACCAAAAAGUUCCACUUGCCAAAAAAGAAGAUCUUUUAACCCGACUGAAACAGAAAAAAAAAUGUUCCGACGUGACCCGACUUCACCGCCGACCCAAUUUUCGGUUCAUGCCGAAUUCACCAUCACCCAUCCGGGUUCCGAUGACCCCCGGCACCGUCCCAGAACCAGCACCGAGCGUGACGAAACCACCGGCGGUGUCAAAAUGACUUACACGUGGCAACCCCCCGACUGGCAGGAACCAACUGCCCAAUCGGACGACGCCCACUCUGAGGGUGGACCUAAGAGAGAAACGUGGCCCAGCAGCAUAUCAAACAGCAAUAAAUCUCUAUAUAGUAGUGAUACGGCCAGUACAUCGACCCUUACGCCCCAAAAUACUAUGGCCCCUCCGAAAAUAAGUCCCCCAAGUGCGAUUUUCGGCACCGAGUACACCAAAGGAUACCAGCAAGGAAAUUUGUUCUUCACGUCCACUCCGCCGCCGUCAAAAGGGGAAUCGGGAAGCAAAUACAUUCCAAGAGAUCCCAGAUUAAGCGCCCUCGGGGGCUUAAAACACGACUCCUCGGGUUACGGGAGUGAUUUGAUGAGUCCCAACUCGCAGCGGGGACAAAGUUUGCUCAGAACUCAUCAGGAGCAUCAUCCGUUCGAUAGGAAGUGCAAGAGUACUUGCAACAUCACUUUGUCCACGAAUUUGUCGCGGGAUAAAUGUUACUCUCACUCGCAGUGCGGUAGGACACAAAGUUUACGUUGCCAAACGCCCUCCGGUAACGGCCAAAGAAACCCGUUGAAAUAUUAUGGGUGUGGCGACCCAUGGUGUCAUCAUGUGAGACAAGGGGAUGAACUUUCUUGUUGGCCAAAUAGGAUUACGCCUGUUAUAGAAGAACCAAAUUCUAUACCUGAGCCGAACCCAUUUAAUACGUCAAACAAGAGGGACGCCUCGGUGCAAACGUUUCAAAUGGUAGACAAGUGUACUUCGCCGUUUUCUCGCAUGAACAGCAUGGAGUCCGUUGAUAGUAGAAGUGCGAAAAGUGUGAAAAACGCCCAGAAGUACCAAAAGAGAGGCUUAACGGAACCGAUUCCGAGAAAUUUCGGUGAUAGGAGCCCUGGUGCAGGCAGUUUCACACCCGAUAGCUUGGAAAGUGUUAAGCCUCAAAAACGUCUAUCGCGUGCCCCAAAACUACGUAGACUACCGGCGGUCGACCAAAAAACCCCACCACAUGACCCUCCCCAACCACUUUCGCAUAAAGAAUCGUCCAGUUCCACUCAAGAUUCCAACUUAAAAAAACCGAGAACCGUCCAUAUCGACGUAUAUUGUACCGGUACCGAACUGGAGUCUGAUGCGAGCAGUAACGACAGCGAUAAUGCCAGUAAGAGCGCCAGUACACCGCAGACGGUAUUCGAAAAUGAAAAAAUGCGAGUAACUAGUAGGAAAGCCGACGCGAAAGAACUUCCGUUUUAUUUGAAGAACGUUAUUGGUCCAAAAGCUGAACGGUUAAGAGAGAAGUUCGGUGGGAUGAGUGGUGCGAGUAGGUCGGCGGAGACUAAUACGUCGGUGGAGAGGGAAGAAUCGGACGAUGAUAAUGCCAGUACCGCUUAUCCGUCCAAAAUGAGUUCUUAUUCUAAUAUCGGCGACUUCUCUGCCUCAGUAUCCUCCGUACCACGUUCCUGGACCACAUACUCCAUGUCCAGUUGCGCCAUUCCCGAAGACUACGAUUCAGUAACGAACACCAGCUGGAAAGACACUUUUUCCGACAUAGACAGUUUACUAAUGAGCCGUUCGAGCAUCGCCCCCGCCGAAAGUCUGGAUUUCGUGCCGAAGAAACGAUUAGAGACCAGCGAGAGCAUCGACGAGACCCCCGAGUACAAUUUCGCGCGAAAGGAUUUGUUGGAGACGCCCAGCAGUUUGCAGCCGAGUGACAGUUUCGAAUAUGCCAACUCGGAGGACCGGGUCAGGAUCAAGCAGAUGGAAGAAAUGUGGAAAAAACGAUCGCCAUCGAAGCCUCAAGUGGAUAAAGAAACCCUAAAACUGCAACAGGAGCGCAUCCGCAAGUACAUGGAUCACAAGAUGAUGUCAUCAACGAGAAAAACCUGGGAUUCCAAAGAGAGCGACAGCAACGACUCGGACGACUCGGGCAAAGCCUGGACUUUUAUUAAGAAAAACGACACGUUCGCUCGAAAGAAUGCCGAAAAAAACACACCAAAAAAACAAGCCCAACAACCCAAAAGUCCGGUGAACAACCUGCUUCCGAACACGGUUAGGGACGCCUUGGCCCGCUCCCUAACCCCCGAAAGUGAAAAACUCAACCUCGUUGCACCUCCCAACAAACGGCCUCCUCCUCUUAAAAAAUCGUCUGAAGAUCAAGGCUCGCUGAGCGACUCCAACACUCCUCCGUCGCCCUCUUUAACGCAAAGACUCUCCUUGGAUCCCUCACUGCGGUCUCCUUUUAUGUUAAUCUCGGGAGUGUACACGGAGCCGCGGACUAUCGCGAGGAAAUUCGGCACAGUGGUCGGGGCGUUAAAGAAACCGGGACAUCACAUCGGACCGGCCAAAAAUCCCGAUUGUUUGUGCGUGCAUUGCACGGAAUAUUGGGAACGGGUGGGCGGGUGUGUCCGGGGUCGGACGAGAAGCGUCGGCGAUCCGCCUAGCGGGCAAUACGUGAACAAUUGGAAGGAGUUUUUGGGACAAAAAUGAUUUUUUUUUUCUUGAAGAAUUGAUACUCGAGAUAUUAUGAACUGUGGUUUCUUUUUUGUUUUUAUACAACUGUUGUGAUAAAAAUGCUUUUUUAAUUUUUAGUUUAAGUGAUUUGGAUGGAAUAUGUUGCUGAACAAUGGGAUGAAGAG